AUGGUUGCAGGGCUUGUAGAGUGUAAUCAGUGUCACUGAAGUAUACAUUUAGAAAUUGUUGAGAUGGCAUAUGUUUUGUUAUAUAAAUAUUUACCACCAUCCAAUUUUUCAAAAAAUCUGCAGCUCUGACUUCUCUUGAAAAAUAUCAGAGAACCUGAUAAUGCAUGGUUCACUUUGCUAUAUGGCAAUGGUUGGCAAGAGCUUAGAGCAGCUGCCUCAUUUGGACAGAACAUACGCCCUCCAUUUCUCCACAGUCCCCACCAUUCCCUAUUGUGCUAUACUCAACUUUUGACACAAGUGGGGUUGCUGUAAAUAGGAUUCGACUCAAUUGUUACUGGUUUUUUUUUUACUGAUCUCUGAGUUCGAAAUCCCUAUAUGUAUUUGAGUUUGAGACUCCUGUAUUAUUUGAGUUUGAGGCCCAUGUAGGUAUAUGUAGGAGCCCUAGUGGUGCAGUAAUUAAAGCACUCACCUGCUAACUGAAAGGUUGGCAGUAUUUGAGGUUGAGACACCUACAGAAAGCAAAUAAUGCAUUGUGUGAUUAAUGAAGAAUAGUUCUUCAUUAAAAUUUAUUCAACUGCUCUGUCCUUUCCUUCUAGAUCUUUGUUAUUGUUGAAUUAUUCUCCUCAUGCCCUCUUCCCUGAGCAUCUUCUGUAGUUCAAGAGGUUUUCCUAGGACAGAACAUGACCAACCUCACAGCAGUAUCUGUCUUCAUCCUCCAGGGCUUCUCAGCCAUCCCUGAGUUACAGCUCCUCAGCACGGCAGCCUUCCUUCUCAUUUACAUUGCUGCAGUGCUGGGGAACAUCUCCAUUGUGGCUGCCGUGACACUGGACGCCAGCCUGCACACGCCCAUGUACUUCUUCCUCAAAAACCUCUCCCUGGUGGACAUCUGCUCCAUAUCCACCACUCUGCCCCGGGCCAUGAUGGCUGCCACGGUGGGCUCAGGGGAGAUUUCACUCCCUGCCUGUGCAUCUCAGCUCUUCGCCUUUGUCUGCUUUGGGUCAGUGGAGUGCUUUCUCAUCACUUCCAUGGCUUAUGACCGCUGUCUGGCCAUUUACAGGCCCCUGUUGUACAGGGCAGCCAUGAGCCCCCAGACCUGUGUCUCCCUGGUGGUGGUGGCUUGGGGCAGUGGGCUCGUUUACUCCACCUUCCACACAGCCAACACCUUCUCCCUGCCCUUCUGUGGCCCCAAUGUGAUUGACCACUUCUUCUGUGACAUUCCCCCCGUCAUGCACUUGGCCUGUGCCAGCGCAGAUGCUCACGAGGCUACUGGAUUUGCAGUCAGCGGCUGCGUCAUCAUGAGCUGCUUCACCCUCACCAUUCUCUCCUAUGUCCGCAUCUUGGCUACUGUGGUCCAGAUCCGCUCAGCAGCUGGCCGCGGGAAGGCCUUCUCUACCUGCUCUUCUCAUCUGGCCACAGUGCUCCUGUUUUAUGGCACUGGCAGCUGUGCCUACAUGCAGCCCACCACCCACUACUCCCUACUGCAAGGGCGCCUGGCUGCAGUCUUCUACUCUGUCCUCACGCCCAGCCUGAACCCGCUCAUCUACAGCCUGAGGAACAAAGACAUGAAGAAGGCCCUGCAGAAGCUCUACCUCCAGGUACCAUUGUAG